UUCUGUCAUACAUCUGUUGGGAGGCCAAAUUUAGGAUGUUAUAAAUAGCUCAGGAUCACCCUGGAUUUGGCUGUUUGUAAACCGAAUCUCUUGUAGAAAAAUUGCAGCGACAGUUUUUAAGGAUGUCAGACUUUCUGCAGUUCGAUAUAGAUUUUUACCAGUCCAACUACGUUGCUGACAAUCAAGAGGAAAGCUCAAGCAGGCCUGAAGACCCUGGAAAAAAAUUCCCGAUAGGCCCUUGGCCACACUCUGAGGCCAAUCCUUCUCAACCACUUGAAGGCCAGAUCUUUCAACCCGCAGAUGCUCCUCAGUUUCCGUCCAUCCAUACCUACUCCGACAGUUUUGAUGAAGAGCCUCCAUUGCUUGAAGAGCUGGGAAUCAACUUCAGCCAUAUUUGGCAGAAAACAUUAACAGUGCUGAACCCCAUGAAGCCGGCUGAAGCCAGCAUUAUGAACGAGACGGAUCUGGCUGGACCUUUGGUUUUCUGCUUAGCCCUGGGAUCAACGUGGCUCUUGGCAGGAAAAGUCCAUUUUAGCUACGUGUACGGAACCAGUGUGAUUGGGUGCCUGGCGAUCCACGCGCUGUUGAACCUGAUGAGCAUCGUAGCGGUUUCCCAUGGGUGUGUCGCCAGUGUGCUAGGCUACAGUCUGUUGCCCAUGGUGAUCUUAUCCACCUGUGCAGUAUUUUUCUCCUUACAGGGAAUCCCUGGGACUCUGAUUGCUCUGAUCAUUAUUGGAUGGUGCAGCCUCUCAGCCUCCAAAAUCUUCGCUUCCACCUUGGCUAUGGAAGGCCAACAGGUUUUGGUGGCCUAUCCUUGUGGUUUACUCUAUGGCCUCUUGGCCCUCAUAACCAUUUUCUGAGCUUUGCUGUUUAUAGGAGUAUCCUUUCUCUACCGCACGGAGGGGGAACCAUGUCGCUUUUAUGACUUGUGGACUUCAACUCCCAGAAUUCCUGAGCCAACCUGGCUGGCUAAGGAAUUCUGGGAGUUGAAGUCCAGAAGUCAUAAAAGGGGCCGUAGUUCCCCACCUCUGCCUUGGAACCUGAGUCUUACCUAUUAAAAUGGCGGGCUCAGGAAUUGGAUGGUAGUCUAUUCUGUUCUGUUCUGUUCUGUCCUAUUCCUUUGUUGCUUUGCAUGCACACAGAGAGCUUUGGCACCAGAGACAAAUUCCUUGGAUGUCCGAUAACACUUGGUCAAUAAAGUAUUCUAUUCUAUUCCUUAAUUCUAUUCUAUUCUAUUCUAUUCUAUUCUAUUCUAUUCUAUUCUAUUCUAUUCUAUUCU